GCCAAAGAAAAAAAAGAAAGAGAGAGAGAAAAGAAGCCAAGGAGGUUAAACAGCCAUGGGAAGACCUCCUUGCUGUGAUAAAGUUGGAAUCAAGAAAGGUCCAUGGACCCCCGAGGAAGACAUCAUACUUGUCUCUUACAUCCAAGAACAUGGUCCAGGAAAUUGGAGAUCAGUGCCCACAAAUACUGGGUUGUUGAGAUGCAGCAAAAGUUGCAGGCUUAGAUGGACAAAUUACCUGAGGCCAGGAAUCAAGCGAGGGAACUUUACUCCUCAUGAAGAAGGGAUGAUCAUUCAUUUGCAAGCAUUAUUGGGUAACAAAUGGGCAGCCAUAGCUUCAUACCUACCACAAAGAACAGAUAAUGAUAUAAAGAACUACUGGAACACCCACUUGAAGAAGAAGCUAAAGAAGUUUCAGUCAGCUUUGGACCACCACAUGGCUCAGGACUCUUCAACUACAACAAGUCAAUUUGUUUCAAAAAGCUUGAAUGAGAGAAGGAGCUUAGAUUUUGCUGCUUCAACUACUCUUAAGCUAAAACAAACCUCUUCUACAUAUGCUUCAAGCACUGAGAAUAUUUCUCGUCUUCUUGAAGGUUGGAUGAAAUCAUCACCAAAGACUGAAGUAGUAGCCCAGGAAAAAAAAAGGAAUCAUCAAAACAACAGUUUUGAUAACAAUGACAGUAUUGGUAGUGCUUCAGCUGCUACAAAUUCUCUUCAAGGGGGAUAUAGAUCGAAAGCUGAACAAGAAGGUGGAGAUUUGAUCUCUCAUGAAGAGUUUGAGUCAAUUUUAUCAUUUGAGAACAUGAACAAUGCUGCUGCAUGGGACAAAUCUACUUGUGAUUCUACUUCAAGGGGUACUCGUCAAGAUUCUGGAAAUCAUGACAAGGUCAAUGUUGCAAUGAACCCAGAAAGGAAGCAAAAACCUGAGAACAAUAACAAUAAUAAUCCUCCUCUAUCAUUUCUUGAGAAGUGGCUUUUGGAUGAGAGUUCGGGUCAAGUAGAAGAGAUGAAUCAGAUGAUGGAACUCUCCUCAAUUUUCUGAGAUUUUCAUUAUCUUUCUUUCUUUUUUCUUUUUUCUUUUGUUCCUUCAUUGUUCGUCUCCCUAUCUUCAUUUCAUUUUAAGCUUUAUUUAGAAAAAGGAAAACCAAAAAAAAAAAAAAAAAGGUUUGAAUUAUUUUCUGUAGGGGUAAGGCUUUCAUUUUUCUGAAAAAGUUGGGAUCUCUUAGAACAAAUGUAAUUACCCUUUGGUGUUUCUUUAUGAACUCUGAAGUUAGCAUUU